AUGCCGUCUUCCUCUUCCUCCACCGCCGCCGUAUUACUUCUCCUCGUUUCUAUUUUCGCAUCCUCUCUCGCCUCCGAUUCAGAUCACAAGUAUCAAGCGGAUGAGCAGGUUACACUGUGGGUGAACAAAGUUGGGCCAUAUAACAAUCCACAAGAAACCUACAACUAUUACAGUCUUCCCUUUUGCCGCCCCUCUCAAAACGAUGUUCACAAAUGGGGUGGUCUUGGUGAAGUUCUUGGUGGCAAUGAGCUCAUUGACAGCGAGAUCCCCAUUAAGUUCUUGAAAAAUGUUGACAGGAAGGUUAUCUGUCAGCUUGAACUCGAUGAACCUAAAGUCGAGCAUUUUAAAGAUGCCAUCGAAUCUAGCUACUGGUUUGAGUUCUUUAUGGGAUUCGUUGGUGAGCUGCAUUCUGACAAAAAUGGUGAAAACGCCAAACAUGUCCUCUACACACAUAAGAACAUUAUUGUCAAAUACAACAAAGACCAGAUCAUUCAUGUUAAUCUCACUCAAGACAACCCAAGGCCAUUGGAAGCCGGGAGGACAGUUGAUCUGACGUAUUCUGUUCAAUGGAUUCCAACUAAUGUCACAUUUGCCCGCCGUUUUGAUGUAUAUUUGGAUUAUCCAUUCUUCGAGCACCAGAUCCAUUGGUUCUCCAUCUUUAACUCGUUCAUGAUGGUUAUUUUUCUCACUGGUCUG